UAAGGAUGGUAAAAGUAUUAACAGACCAAAUUGAUACCAAAGAUCGAUAUAUACCAAAAUCCCUGGAAGAAGCUAUGGUGUUUGCUCCUAUGCAAAAGGAGGUCAUCUGGUACUUGGCCAGGCGUACAACAUCCGGCAUCAAUAUUAAAUAUAUGGUAGUCCUUAUCGGGACCGGCAAUACGGGUAGGAUUUCACACUUAACUCAUCUUAUCACUUGUUUACUUGAAUUAACUCUUUUUUGUUCUUGUGUCCCAAAAGACCUAGCCUUUCAUUUUGCUCAUCAGCAACCCAGCUUGGCAACAUUCGAAAGUACUGGAAAUAACAGUAGCCUGCUCAAAACCUUGGCGACAAUGGAGGGGCACUUCCUCAGUACAGCUAGAUUCAAUUUUUGGGAAAAACUUAUUUACAAAUGUAUCCCUGUAUGCUGGGUCGAUACAUCAUUUGACAGCUCCAAUGAUACGAAGAUGGCUCAAGCCCUUAAGCAGUUGAGGGUAUCACUCUGGAAUCUCGCCACAACAGCAGAUGACUUUCUUCGGAACGCUAACCUCCUGAUGGAGGCAAUAGUAGAAUCGCCGCCAGGAUGUGUACCGGCAGACGUCUCUGGAGCAGCUUUUUUAUGCAGAGGGAACUUCAAUGGUAUAAGGUAGUGAAAGAUAGCGUCGGUCAUCAUCUAAUAAAUCGAGAAGGUUUACGUUGGGAACCUUUUGUAGAGCAACGUCAAGAUUUGCUUAAAGAGGCGGGGCAAUGGAUGAAGGACACAGCAUCAUCUUGUAGCCUCGUCGCUACUCUCAUCAUUACAGUAACAUUCGCUGCGGCUUUUACAAUACCUGGAGGCAAUGACAA